CUUCUUGUGAGGAGUAGGAAGUGAGGAAGAGAAAUCAGGCGACAUGGCUUACAACCUUGAAUCCCUUGUCCAAAUCUUAGAGCAGUUCCUGCCCCCUGAUCAUCACCAGCCUCUUUGGGUUCUUGACUCUGACAAGAAACCACAAAUGAAAACCCUCUUACAAAAGGUCUAUUUCUUUAAAGAUCUUUUCGAAAAUUCUUCUUCAGCAGUAAGUGGUUAUAGAAGAGGAGGUUUGGAGAGUCGAAUCAGGGAUAUAGCAUAUAAGGCAGAAGAUGUUGUUGAAUCUCACCUCGUGGAUCAACUUCUUUCAUGUGGGGAAGGUGAGAGCUUCAUUUUCUCACCUCCAGAUCUUGAGAAACUAAUUGAGGACUUUGACUCUGCAAACAAAGAUAUGAUGUCGAGCUUGGAAGAAAGUGAGAUGCAGCUCAAGUAUCGACUCACGGGGGGGGAAUCUAAACUUGAGGUCAUUCCAAUUGUGGGCAUGGGAGGUAUUGGUAAGACUACUUUGGCCCGAAAUCUUUAUAAAGAUCGACUUGUUAGUGUGCACUUUGAUGUUCGUGCAUGGGCUACAAUAUCACAAGACUAUGAUGUGGGAAAGAUUCUACAAGGCCUCCUUCGCCUUGCUAGUAGACGACCCACAUAUGGAAUGCUUCAAAUGGGAAAUGAGGAAUUAGGUGAAGAUCUGUUUACAUCUUUGUUUGGUCGGAGAUAUCUGAUUAUUUUAGAUGAUAUUUGGAAUACCCAUUCUUGGGAUGAUAUAAAAAUGUUCUUUCCGGAUAAUAACAAUGGAAGUCGGAUCAUUGUCACCACCAGGAAUUCGAGCUUGGCUAAGUUCAUUGCCUUCCGGAGUCCACAUCACAACAUGCAUCUUCUAAAAGAUGAUGAAAGCUGGAAUCUUAUGCAUCAAAAGGUAUUUGCACCUGGAGAGAUUUGCUCUCCUGAAUUGGAGUCAAUCGGGAGAAAAAUUGCACACAACUGUAGAGGCCUUCCUCUUGCAAUUUCUUUGAUUGGUGGACUUCUAUUUCAUGCAAAAAGAACGCAAGAUUUCUGGGAGCAAGUUGCAGAGGAUUUAAGUUCAAUAGGAGCUGAUGUGGGUGAAGAAAUCCUCGGUAUAUUAUCUUUGAUUUACAAUUAUUUACCUUAUCAUCUUAAACCAUGUCUCCUUUAUAUGGGUGCUUUCCCUGAAGAUUCGGAGAUCCAUGCCUCUAGAUUGAUCAAAUUGUGGGUGGCAGCGGGAUUUUUGAAACCAAUUUCAGGGAAAAGAUUGGAGGAGGCUGCCGAGAUGUACCUAAAGGCUCUCGUUGACAGAAAUCUUAUUUUUAUCCGACAAAAAAGUCCUCAAGGGAAUGUCAAGAGCUGCGGCAUACAUGAUCUCUUGAGGGACCUGUGUUUUAGGAAAGCUUAUGAAGAGAACUUUCUAUUCCUCAAGAAACGGUAUAUCUCAGGAGCCGUACGUUGGCGUCGUGUCUCUGCUCAUAGCAUUCAAGAUAUUGAUCGACCCUUGGAUCAAAUGCAGCUAACCCGUUCUUUUCUAUCCGUCGGUAAUGAAAGUUGGGAGAUAUUAUCCCCUUUGAUUUCUGCAUUUAGAUUGUUGAGGGUACUGGAUAUAUUGAGCAUAAAACUUGAUCAGUUUCCAAGGAAAAUACUACAACUGGUCAACUUAAGGUACCUUGCUCUAUCCACUUCUAAAUUACCUUCCUCAAUAUCUAGACUGUGUAAUUUGCAAUUCUUAAUUUUUCAAGCAAUCUGGUUCUCGUCUAACCCGCAUGUAGUGACGCCUGAAAUAUUAGACAUGCCACAACUAAGACACAUCAAGUUCAAGGGAAUUUAUGUCUGGUAUGAUGAUAAGUAUAGGGAACAUUUUGUUGUCCAAGAUCAGCUUCAAAGUCUAUCUACCAUACUAGCCUCUGGACUUAAUGAUAGGGUGCUUCAAACAAUUCCAAACUUGGGGAAAUUAGGAAUCUUUUGCGAUGAAGAACUUGAUCGUGUAAUAGAUCUAUCCCUUCUUCAUAAUCUCCACACACUCAAUUGUACAUCCUCCAAGUAUCUCACAGACAACCUCUUGUCCAAUCUCAUUUUUCCGUAUUCCCUUAAAGAGUUGACUCUGGAUGGUUGUGGAAUUUGUUUUGGGGAUAGGACUAGAAUCGGUUACCUGCCCAAUCUUCAAAUUCUCAAAUUAAGAGAUUGUAAAUUCGAACUGGAAUUGUGGGUGGUAAGUGAAGCGGAGUUCUGCCAACUAAAGUGUUUGAUAAUGGAAAAGUUGAAUCUGGAAUACUGGGCAGCCAAUAAUAUCUGUUUCCCAAGACUUGAACACCUGGUUAUUCGACAUUGCUCGCACCUCGAUCGAAUCCCUCAUGGCAUCGGAGGCAUUCCAACACUCAAACUAAUUGAGGUGUAUGAAUGCAAUCCUUCUCUGGUGGAUUCAGCAAGAAUGAUACAGAAAGAACAGGAGAGCUAUGGCAAUGAUGGCCUUGAAGUUCGUUUCCGCACCACUCGGUUACAGUAAUAUUAAUCAUGCAUAUGUUCCUCUCCAUCUCUUCAUUUUUUUUUUUUUGUGUUUUGUUUUGUGUUUUAUAGAAGAUAGAGAAAAAUAAAGAUUAAUAAAUAUGUGUUAUAGAUUUAAAAUAUUUGAAUUUAUUUUUAGAAAUAAUUUAAAAUAUUUUAAAAUAAGUAGUGUAGAUUUGAAAUUGGAAUUAUAAAUCACUGUUUAUUGUCAAAUUAUGUCUUUUAUAUAUAUAUUUUG